CUAUGCAGACGACACACAAUUAAUCUUCUCCUUUCCCCCUUCUGAUGACCAGGUGGCGAAUCGCAUCUCUGCAUGUCUGGCAGACAUAUCCGUGUGGAUGACGGAUCACCACCUCAAGCUGAACCUCGGCAAGACGGAGCUGCUCUUCCUCCCGGGGAAGGACUGCCCGUUCCAUGAUCUCGCCAUCACGGUUGACAACUCCAUUGUGUCCUCCUCCCAGAGCGCUAAGAACCUUGGCGUGAUCCUGGACAACACCCUGUCGUUCUCAACUAACAUCAAGGCGGUGGCCCGUUCCUGUAGGUUCAUGCUCUACAACAUCCGCAGAGUACGACCCUGCCUCACACAGGAAGCGGCGCAGGUCCUAAUCCAGGCACUUGUCAUCUCCCGUCUGGAUUACUGCAACUCGCUGUUGGCUGGGCUCCCUGCCUGUGCCAUUAAACCCCUACAACUCAUCCAGAACGCCGCAGCCCGUCUGGUGUUCAACCUUCCCAAGUUCUCUCACGUCACCCCGCUCCUCCGCUCUCUCCACUGGCUUCCAGUUGAAGCUCGCAUCCGCUACAAGACCAUGGUGCUUGCCUACGGAGCUGUGAGGGGAACGGCACCUCAGUACCUCCAGGCUCUGAUCAGGCCCUACACCCAAACAAUGGCACUGCGUUCAUCCACCUCUGGCCUGCUCGCCUCCCUACCACUGAGGAAGUACAGUUCCCGCUCAGCCCAGUCAAAACUGUUCGCUGCUCUGGCUCCCCAAUGGUGGAACACACUCCCUCACGACGCCAGGACAGCGGAGUCAAUCACCACCUUCCGGAGACACCUGAAACCCCACCUCUUUAAGGAAUACCUAGGAUAGGAUAAGU